CGACGCGACAGUACGUGAUGGCGCUCUUUGCGGCCGAUAUCACGUACGCAUAGUGACUAUCAACGAACUAGCGAACGAAACAACCGACGAAUAAACAUUGCAAUGCUAUAAACGACGCGGUUUACAACACAAUGGACAAUUAAAAUUAUAUAUACAUACGGGAGUGAUCACUAGUGAAUUUGUUUUGUGCUCACAAGAAAUAUUGCAGUUAAAAUUUUUGGUUGAGCUGGUUGAAGAUGGAGGCGAUAUGCGAAAGAGGGAACGGUGUCUGUCAGGCACGUGCUUUGGCGACUCUUCUUCAUUCGCUGAAUUUCUACUGCGCCUCAAUAUCAGCUGCUCUCGUAUGUUGCCAUGCGUCCACACGAUUGGCCUGGAAAACCAGCGCAUGGCGACAUCAAGAUCUGCGCGGUGUGGCCAGCAUAGUGGUGGGGAUGGCGUGGUGUUGUGGUGCUACAGCCGCGGCCUUCCUUCGUUCAGCCGACACGGUCUACCUGGUCAUGUCUCUGAUGUCGACCCUCGCUUGGGUGGCGGCCGCUGUUCUCCACGUGGUGUUGUGGAACCGGCGCUCAGCGUCCCCUACGCUGUACCUGGCUGUCUACUGGUUACUCACGGCCGUUUCUUCAUCAGCGGUACUCUUUGAACACGUGAAGCAAGGUGGAACCUUCACCACUAUUGAAGUGUACAUCCAAUCAGUCACAGUGAUGUGUGCUGUAGUGGUGUCCGCUGUUGACUUUCUAAGUUUUUAUGACGAGGUUACUAAACGUUCCGACGAUCUGAAAUCAUCUCAAACAACAUCGAACGUUUCAUAUAAACAUUAUGAAUCAUACUUCUAUUCAAGAAUCACCUUUUUCUGGUUAAAUUCGUUCUUUUAUAAUAUAUACGACAAUCACAUAGAAGAUUUAAGUUUAGGAACACUCCCCGAAGAGGAGAAAACAAAGAUAUCUUAUCAAAGACUGAGAAAUAUAUCAAAUUAUCAUGAGGUAGCUGAUAGAAAAAGAAGCCUCAAUCUGUGGAAAUGCUACUUUACCUUUGUUUGGCCCAAUUUUUACGUGGCUGGGCUAAUGAAACUAAUCGGUGAUUUAUGUGGAAUAAUAGUGCCACUUAGUUUCGCUAUAAUAAUACAGUUUAUAGACGAACCUGUGAAAUAUAAUAAUAAUAAUGAAGAAGUAUCAUUAAAGGAAUUUCUUAAUAAUGGCUAUACAAUGUUAGUCGUAACCGUGCUGGCUUUGAUUGUACAAGCACUUCUAUCACAAUACUCAACGCAUCUCGUUAAUGUAGAAGGGACCAGAUUGAAAACAUCUUUACAGAAUUUGUUGUUUGACAAAUGCAUGCGGUUAGCUUCAUGGUCAGCUGCAGAGAAGGCAGUCGGGGAGCGUUCUCCGUUACUGUCAGCCCCUCACCGUGAAGCCGACACUCAGACAGGAAUGCUGACGAACUUGGUCACUCAAGACACCUACAAUAUAAUGUCGUGUGUUUGGAUUUGUCAUUACACAUGGGCAAUACCCCUCAAGGUCCUGGUAAUACUAUAUGUUUUGUACACAAAAUUAGGAGUGAGUGCUAUUAUUGGAGUAGCAACAAGCAUUUUCAUCAUAACACCAUUACAAUUCUUCAUUGGUAAGAAAAUUUCAGACAACUCAAAGAACAUAUCGAAAUGCACAGACCACAGAGCGUCGAUUAUGUCUGAGAUAUUAAACGGCAUUAAUGUUAUCAAAUUGUAUGUGUGGGAGGAUUUGUUUAACGAAAAGAUACUACAAUUUAGAGAAGUCGAGCUUCAACAUUUGAAUAAGGACUCCAUCUACUGGUCUUUCUUGACAUUGAGUGCCCAGUUUUCAACAGUCUUAGUAUCUGUGGUGACAUUUAUGCUGCAUUAUUAUCUGAACAGUCCGACUAAUUUGACGGCUGUAAAUAUAUUUACUGGACUUGCCCUGUUCAAUCAGCUCAGUAUACCAUUGCUUAUAUUACCCGUCACAGUUCUUAUGGUUAUUCAGGCAAUGGGUGUUACAGGUAAGCACGAAGAGGAUAAACGAAUUCUUGGACCUUCCAGAAUCAAAUAACAUUAAAGAAAAUAAAGAUAUUUAUACAAACACCACUGAAUAUGCAGCAGAUUUUGCGCAUGUUCCAUGUGAAAAUCCACUUUGCGAAACUGAUGAACAUAAUGACGAAUGUGGCGAACUUAUGGAUCGGU